AUGCCAUACACGCUGUCUGACAUCUGCUCUCACAUCCCUAGGGCCAAACCUGAGCUUGUCCUCCUUAACCACUACUAUGAAGAUCUGGACUGCAUCGCCCUGUCUGACAUGGCCUGCUCUGAGAUCAGCGAGCUGCUGGAGAAGUUGGGCUUCUACAAGAAGGCUCAACCUGAGGAUGUGAUCCCAGUGGAGUUCUGCUUCUCCCCCGCCAAGGACAGCCCCUUCAAAGGCACCCCCAAAUCCCAGUCCUCCCCCUCCUCAGCCCCCCCCAGACAACGCUUCCUCAGAGUCCACGGAGAGGCGGAGAGGCCAAACACUAUGACCUAUAACCCUCACAGCAGUAAAGAGGAGUGUGGACCUGGAUAGACAGGGCUACUCACCCCCAGUUCUGGUCCAAGACCAGUUUGUUUCUGCAUCUCAUAACAGAAAUGUUUUGGAUCAUAAUUACAAGCAGGUCCUGGAUUAGCACUUGAGGGAACAGUCUCUGUAGCAUCAGAAAAGGUUUUGAAGGUCACACUAAAAUUGCAUGUACAUUUUUCCUGCUGUUUGUCCAUUUAUUUCUGGUGAUGCGUAUGAUUUACCACAAAGUGUCAAGUAUGUGGUCUCUCUGCUGAUCUCGUGUGUAAAAUGACUUCCUGUACACUGUGGAACUGAAUGAUGCCUGGUGUGUGGAGCUUAGGCACAAGGGGAUUCAAGUGAAGGGGAUGACAAAUAGUUGUAAAAGAAAAAUGUGUCACUCAAUAUUUUUGAAAAUGUGUAUACCAUCCAUUUGCCAUUUCUAGACUAUCCAUUCUAAAAACAAAUUCCCAUUGCAAACACAAUUGUUUUUUUUUACAGUAACAGACAAAUUAAAGACAAACAAUCAACAACAAAUAUUUAGAACUUAAAUUGGUUUUAAUUGUUAAUUUACAUUUAAUUGUAGAGUACAAAUUUAUUUAUAAAGCCCUUUUUACAUCAGCAGAUGUAAAAAGAUGUCACAAAGAUCUUAUACAGAAUCCCUGCCUAAAACCCCAAACAGCAAGCAAUGCAGAUGUAGAAGCACAGUGGCUAGGAAAAACUCCCUUGAAAAGCAGGAACCUCGGAAGAAACCUAGAGAGGAACCAGGCUCUGAGGGGGGGCCAGUACUCUUCUACAAAAACAAGGAAUUAUAAUGUGUCCAAGCAUGUACAGUG